AUGAAGAGGCUGCGGAGGUGCGAAGCCAAGGCUUGGGGACAAACCAUAUUGAUCAAGGCCCUUAGGGGAGCCAAGGAUCGCUACAAUCUCGCUUUGGAGGUUCUUACCGCAUCACACGAACACGCAAAGACUCGGAUCUCGAGGAUUGAGGAGCAGUUCGUUGAUAUUUUUCAAGCCGUCACUCAGCAAGAUGAGGACGUGAAGAAGAUGGUACAGACCGUUGGGAAUAUGGUGCGCGACCAGCACUCACUUCAAGAACACGUCGGCGAUGUUUCCUCGGAUCUCUACAGG